AUGUGCAAUCACCAAGGUGUGGGAGUAGCAACAGCAACAACUUCUGCCGACCACCAAAAAGGAGCAGCCGCAGCAUUCUUUGAUUUUGACAAGACCUUGGUGGCCAAAGACAGCCAGUUGUUGGAAGGGCAAGAUGUGCUUCUUGCUCGUCAUUUGACAAACCCUUGCGUCAUUGCCGGGCUCUUGGGAUGCUUCAUGCUUGAACCCAUUGUCAACAGAGGCUGGGCCAAUGCGGAUCUCCUAGGCAGGAUGUACCUUUCGUCCUACCGAGGCAUUCGCCAUACAAGCCUCAUUGAAAGCGCACGGUGGCUCUACCACAAGAGAAUCAAACUGAUGGUCUACAGAGAAAUGAUUGAAAUAUUGAAUGAUCAUCGAAGAAAGGGGCACAUGAUUAUUAUAGUAUCGGCUACCAGUGAACACCUCUUGAAGCCUUUCGCCGAAGAUUUCAACGUAGAUGCCUGGCUUGCAACUUCCAUCCAAUGUGACCAACAUGGAAUUUGUACGGGAAGGCCGGCUGGUAGCAUCCUUUGUGGUGUAGAAAAGGCCAAGGCCAUCCAGGAGCUAGCUGAAGAAUGCAGCAUUGAUCUUUCAAGUUCAUGGGCCUAUUCUGACCAUCACGAGGACCUGGCCUUCCUUCAAAGUGUAGGGAAUCCUGUGGCUAUUAAUCCGACCCCGAAGUUGCAACAAAUUGCCCAAGAGGAGCAGUGGGAAAUGAAAUUUCUACAGCUUCCAGAAACAGGAAAAGUGUCAUCUGAUCACGCGGGCAACCCAAGGAAGGGUGAUCGCCGUGGCCACCAAUGGCUCAAGAUGUUCUUGGUACUAUCUCUCAUGGCUGCGUCUGCUCUGAGAGCUUUCACCGCCCAACCAGAACUGUACUCUGCCCCAGAAACACCAGGAGUUACCCACAACAAGGGCUCUACAAUGCAGCGACUCUGUGUGAUAUCUUCGGAACCACUCACAUAUGUCCAAACCGUGUCAGGGUCAAUUGUUGCCUACCGUCAACUCAUUGCAGGCGCAUUGGCUCGUGGGACCAAUGUCCUUGUGGUGGAGCCUCUUCUCAGGGAUGAAGUGGUCCCCAUUGCGUUUCCAAACAAUGGCACUGGCUCCUUGGAAAUUCUGCGCCUCCCGGUUCAGAAAAGCAAUGAAUUAGAUCGAGGUGGCCUUGCCGCCUUUGAUCCACGGGCCUUUCGAAAUGAAAUGCGGCAACACAUUCUUAUCUUUGGUGCGGAUGUUAUUCUGAUUCCGGAUCCCAUCGUCCUCAUGGCUGAUAUGAUGAUGAUCGCACCGGGACAUUAUGAAGCCCGUGAAUUAGGAGCUGCGUUGGUGUAUGACAUUCACACGAACCUUGUCGAUUUGAUACCAAUGUUCAAUCCGUGGACGGGUCUCCCGUUGGUUCAACGGGCACUUCACUGGCUGCACAAGGAAAUGCUCAAAUACGCAAACACAGUUCUAGUAAUCUCAGAACAACAGGAGAAGCACCUUCGUGAUGAGACUGGGUACAAGGGACCGGUUCAAAUUGCGCCUGCAGGUGUGCCAAAUAUGUGCGCCACUACCAGGUCACAGAACUUCAGUCCGUCCACAAUCAUUGGGUCACAUUGUGAGGUAACUUUCACAUGGGUGGGACGACUAGCAAAGGAGAAACAUAUUCGCGAAAUCCUUGAUGCCAUGGCAAGACUGUUGAAAGACAACGGCAGUUGGCAGAACACAUGCUUGGCAGUGGCUGGCCCGGAUCAGGGUGAGCUAAGUGUGUUGCAGCACUACGUGCGAGAACAUCCGAAAAAUAUUUUCUACAUGGGUACCCUUGAACAAUCCGAAGUGGGGACUUUGCUACAGGCAUCGGAUGCCAUGCUCUUUGUUGGAGGUGUGAUUGAGACACUUGCACGUGUUGUCACUGAUGCCUUGAGCUGCCAUACUCCUGUUAUUGCUGUUGCCACUCCACAAUCUUCGUGGUGGCAAAACCGGGAGGAUCUCCCUCAUGUGGAUCUCACAGUGUCAUCCGACGCCGCCAAGGAGCUGAAGGAUCGCAUGGUGGCAUUUACUACCAAUGCGGGUGGUCUGCGCGAUGCUUUAGUUGCAGGUGCAGCCCAUUCAGCUCCAAACCAGAUCAGUGAGAAGGAGGCCAUAGCACACAAGCUGAUGACUCUGGACUCCGUGUACGAUGGACUCAGUGGAUGA